AUUCCACAAAGUACGGAAUUAGAUUAGAAUCAUGUCCAGGCCAGAGUAAGUACAGAAUAAGGAAAAGUGAGUAUGGAGAAAUAUUUGUGUUUCCAAGCUGUUGCCCUGUUCUGAAAUAUAUCAGAUUCAGAAUCCUAGAAAUAAAUGGAUCAUACAAGCAGAGCUCAGUGUUUGGAGCAGUCAUUUAAUGCUAUGUCAGAGAGCGUGGUCCAGAGCUUUGUGUCGUCAAAAGCAAGUGUUGGUGCCAAAAUCCUGCAUGGAACAACGUGAAUGCCUCUCACAGUUUGCACAACAGCUCUUUACCAAAUACCUUAAAACUGUGCCAAAGACACUGAUGACGAGAAAAAGAAAAAUUCCUGCCAUAUUUUCUGCUUACAUACACAAUAGCAUCACACCAAAUAUUAAGCUUGUCGCAACACUUAUCACUUAUGCAGCAAUGUAGUUUUCAGAGGUUAACUUUUGUCAACUCAUGUUUGGAUCCUCAUUCAUAAAAGAGACAAAAGAAUUUAAGGACAGUAAUUAAGUCAAAUGCUUCUUGUAGUCCUGAGUUACUUGCAAAGUCAGUUUUUCAGUCACUUUUGCUCCACAGUCCCUGGAGGCUGAUUGUUGGGACCAGCACAUAUUUUCCUACAGUAAACAAUGUGCACACUUACUGUCCAAUAGGUGGCGGUAGAGGUCUGUCACGCUUCCUGCUGACAACCAAUGAACACGAAGAAGUGACGUGACGUAAUGCGGAAGUGAGUUCCCACUACGAGCCAUGAAGCGAUUUUCAGGCUUUUUCAUCUUUAAAAAAACAUUUAUUAUUCACGUAUCAAGGAAGUAGUUAUCUUAGAAUAUCGCCCAACUCGUUGGCUUAUCUUACGAGUAGCUACAACGUGCCAGAGAGGAUUUAACAAGAUAAAUUCUGGAGGAUUUUACAGAAAAGCUCUGGAUUUACGCUGUUUCCACUUGUCAACACUGUGAUCAAAAUGGACGCUGCGCUUGCUAGGAGCGCAUACAGAUGCUUGAUAGACACAAUAAUGCCACAGAAGGACAAGUGAGUGUUGAGUAUAGAGUUGAACCUAAAUGAUGCUGGGUCGUCUGUUCUCAGGAUGGCUUUGGUUCCGAUCAGAUCGCCCUGGGUUCUGCCUGGGAACGUGUUUAUUGAUAAGCCUCAUGCUGCUGUUGUACGCUGGGGGCAUCCAAGCAAGUCUGAGCUUAGGUCCAGGUGGAGACUUCCCGAGGUUCAGAGAUGUGUUCCUGUAUGCCCUGAGCCAUGAUGACCUGCCCUCUCUCCUGGUCAGUGUGGCUCUCCUGCUGCUGCUUGGCAGGUGUCAGGAGCAUCGCUGGGGAACAGUCGCCUUCCUCGCCCUCUCCAUCCUGACCAUGAUCACACUACCUCUCCUCUACGCCCUGGUCCUCUUCGUGGGCAGCGGCGAAGCAAGUCGCAUCUGUGGUCACUCUGCCAUCCAGCUGGCUCUGUUCACGGCUCAGUGUCGUCAGGCGACCCAGAGGAGGCUGCUGAGGUGUCUGCCGGUCUGGUGUCUCCCCUGGCUGCUCCUGCUGGUUGGUCUGCUGCUGCUGCCCGGCACACCAGCCUUUCUCCACUUCUGCACAAUAUGCAUCGGACACAACUAUCAUCAGUCCUUCAUUGGGUCGUUACAGGAGCUGGAGGAAUACAGAGUUCUGGAUUUUCUUCCUGAUUGGGCAUAUGUUCCCACAUCAGCCCGCCUCAGAUUACCAACCUACACUACCUCACAGAGAUCACUUCCUCAUAGGAGGCCUGCAGAUCAGGCAGCUGCUCCUCUCCUGAGGGAUCCAUCUGUCCUGAACCACCACCAAUGGGUGGAUCCAGUACCGGAUUGGGUAAUAAAAGACUCUGCUGCUCAGUCUGAGGCCGACGUGUUGGAGGAUCAGAUGCUACGGGCUGGAAUACUGGCGUCAUUACAGGAUGCUCCUGACGACCCUAAUGCAAAAGUGGAGGUUCCCAAAUCGUCAGUUUCCUCCCUGCGACUCCAGCAGCUGGAGAAGAUGGGAUUCCCCACAGAGAAAGCUGUCGUGGCACUGGCAGCUUCCAAACAGCUAGAUGGCGCCAUCUCUCUGCUCAUCGACGACAGCGUUGGCGAACAGGCGGUGGUGGUGUCGAAAGGAAAGAUGCCACAGAGCACAUAGACAGCCAGCGUCGCUCCCACGGACUGACACCGUGUUUGCAUUUGUGGAGUGAACUGGACACGCGUUAUGCUUGGAUUCUGCUGAGCUUCAAUAUUAGAUUUUUCCCUGUGGGUGACUUAUAGAGCCAUUUAAUGAAAGGAAAUCAUGGGAAAGUGGAAGGAAGUCUAACGGAUGAAAACUUGACUCGUAUAUCAUAAAGUUUACAUUGGAGGUUGUGGAUGUUAUUCCUGCUGCGAUCGCGUUUAAUGAGCACCGACACAAAAAAGACGAGAGGAGACGUGUUUAAAAAACAAGAACAAAACAGUGAACAUCAUUUUAUUACACCGAUCAUCUAGACAGGAUUAUCUCAACACAGUAACACAUUUGCAAGAAAUAAAAGUUUGAAAUAUGAAAUGGUUACACGACAGCAUACAAAAUAAACUACAAAUGAUCAUUUUAAAUAGUUUCACAAUAGGUUCGAUAUAUAAGCUGGAAAAAAAAAAA